AUGCCUCCACCGAGGAAAGAAACUAAAAGAGAUCAGAUGUCAAGCUUUGGAAAAUUGUUGAGAGAAAACCCAGUUCUCGAGCUUUUGACUACGUUUUUGAUUUCUUUAAAUGGUUCAAUAUGUCUUCCUAAGAACAUGGUGGAACUAGAAGUUUUGACUGAUUCUGUGAAUGGGAAUGAUGUGGCUCUUGGAGAUGACUGUACUGAGAAUGCGGAGGAUGAGGACGAGGAAAGCAAUGGCCAGGAAAGUGGUAUUGAUGCUGACGAUGUUGAAGGCGAGGGUAGUGACACUGGAACCAGAUCCAGUGUGAUGGUCAUUCUAGAUCUAUUAUCAUCCCUGGGUAUCUAA